GGUUUGUCGGCCUGGAGCACCACAUUCCGUGCUCCUCCCCGGCUCGGAAGGCACACUCUGCAACCUCCUCUCCGCUUCUAGUCAUGUUUCCCAGGCCCAGAAACUUCUAGAACAGCAACCGGAGAAGGACUUCAGCUGAAGCGGACUGCAUGCGCUUCACUUGCUGAGAGGAAAAGAAACCUGCCAGGUCCUGCUAGUCCAAGCCAGCUCAUUUCAGAGCAAGUCAGUGUCAUCAUGGCUCUCCUAUGUUACAACAAAGGCUGUGGAGAAAGAUACAACCAAGAGGAGAACUCUGAUGAUGUCUGCCUCUAUCACUCGGGGUACCCCGUAUUCCACGAUGCCUUGAAGGGCUGGUCAUGCUGUAGAAAAAAGACGACUGACUUCUCUGAGUUCCUGUCUAUAAAGGGCUGCACUCGGGGGCGCCAUAGCAACGAGAAGCCCACCGAGCCCAUGCGGCCGGAGGUCAGCUCCAACAAGGCUGGCAAUGAGCGCCCCCUUGUGGACACCGAGAUCAUCUUCUGUGGUCCCAAGUCAGCGGAGAAGCUGCAGAGGGAGAGACCUAGUUCUGAGGAGCCCAAGACCAAGCUGCCCAUCACAGUGUCCCAGUCUCUCAAACAGGCUCUGGAGAAACUGCGGGUAUCCGAGACCAACGAAGCUGCCCAGAAAGACAGUAAUCUGGUGAUCACUGGAACAAGGUGCAAGAACUCAGGCUGCAAGACGUCUUACGCCGGUCCCGAGACAAACGCUGAGGCCUGUAUCCAUCACCCUGGGGCCCCUGUCUUCCAUGAAGGGUAUAAAUACUGGAGCUGCUGUUGUAUAAAAACCACCGACUUCAAUGCCUUUCUGGACCAGAAGGGCUGCACCACUGGCAAACACACCUGGGUCCAGAAAAAGAACAAGAAAACGGUGGCGUGCCGGCAUGAUUGGCACCAGACGGGGAGCCAGGUGGUGAUCACAGUGUAUGCCAAGAACGCAGUGCAGGAGCAGUCGUACAUCGAGGCCAACCGCACCAUGCUGACCAUUCACAUCCAGUUUGACGGGGACAAAGUGUUUCACCAGGAACUUCAUCUCUGGGGGGUGAUCAGCGUGGAGCGCAGCGCUGUGAAAAUGGUGCCCUCCAAGGUGGAGCUGACCCUGGGCAAGGCGGACGCCGUGUCCUGGGGCAAGCUGGAGGACCGGCGGGCGCGGGCGGAGCAAGCGAGCGAGAGUGUGGAGGAGAGCGGGCCCAGCGAGGAGGCCAGGCCUGUCUGGGACGACUCCGAUGAUGAUAUCAGUAUCAGCGAUUCUGACGAGGAGUACACGAAAUAGCACCCCCGCUUUCCUUUGACCCCCCCCACCAUUAUCUCCUUUCCAUUACCUAAUUUACACUCUUAACUAAAUAAUUGCUAGAAAUAUAUCUUCCCACCCCCUUUCUAUACUAUACAGCAGUACCAUUACAAGUGUCAUAAUUAUUAACACAGUAACCUCAAAAGCACCACUACAUGACUAAUUAAUAACAACGACAGAAAUACCAAUGCCGUGUGUCUGUAGCGAAGGAUCUUCUUACUGUUGUGCUUCUGUAAGCCUGAAUGAAUGAUUGGACAGGCAAUGACCACACUGUAUUGCAUACAUCUGUUCACUGGAAUUCUAAUAAAACAUGUGUUGACUAGAA